ACAACGAGUUGUACUAACGUAAAAUGAGUAACGUGAUUCCAAAAGUGACGUCUUACGUUUCUGAUGCCAGAGUAGCGUGGAAAGUAACAAAUGGCGUGUUUGCCGUUUAUAAACCACCAAGCGUCACAUAUUUAAACACACGAUAUACUCUAAUUAAUCGUCUCUGUGAAGAUUUGAAUAGCAUGAACGUUCGUCCACCGAAACAACAUGUUUGCAUAAAAGGUGACACGACCAAACGGAUGAGAGUAAUUACACAUCCGAGCUACGCAGAUCAUCCGUUAGUGGUGGGACCACGAUAUCAACCGCAAGAUUUCAAACUAGUAUGUGCUAAUUAUCUGGGCACGGAUGUGUCAGGACUCAUGCUUUGUGGUAUCAACAAGGGCACCAAAUGGAUCGACAAACUGAAGAAUUCUAAGUCUCCCACUAGUUACAAAGUCAAGGGUAUUCUUGGCCAAGCAACAGACAAUUAUUUUAAAACUGGGAAAAUUGUUGAAAAAUCUACCUACAAAUAUAUAAAGCGCAAGGAUAUUGAUAGAAUAUGCGCAGCCAUACAGGCUGGUCACCAGAAGAAGAUGUUCGAAUUGAGCGGAGUGCAUAUACAGAGUCAAGCUGCAUAUGAAUUAGCUGUACAAGGUCUAAUAAGGCCUGCAAACAAUAAUAUUCCAAUGAUAUAUACUAUAAAAUGUAUAGAUUUCAACUCUCCUGAAUUUACUUUAGAAAUUGUUUGUAUAAACGAAAAUGAGAUGUAUUUAAAAACUAUAGUUCAUGAUAUAGGGAUGCAGCUUCAUAGCGUUGCUACGUGCACGCAAAUACAAUGCUUUCGAUACGCUUUGUUCAACAUGAGUGUUGCUCUACUUAAAAAACACUGGGAUUUGCAGAAUAUUUUAGAGAAUAUGGAAUUAUGCAACAAGAUACUUGAAAAGAACAGUUAUUUGUUAAACCAAAUCAAUCCGAUAUUGGAAAAGACGGAAGAGAAACAAAUGGAGAGUUAAUGAGAGAGAAAAAAAGAUUGUUUUUAAUUCUUUCAAUUGCAGAACCCAGCAAAUACAUUCAAAUUUUCAAAAACUACGUUCGUAACGUUCGGACGUGACUGUAUAGAAAGUAAAUAACACACUGUAAAUUUAUUAUUUUUUAUUGAUCAUAUAAAUUACAUUAAUAAAAUUUAUAUACAUGUGUA